AUGAUUAAGAGGCAGGAGAAAGAGAUGGAAACCAUACAUAGCCUUUCUCAUUAUUUUUUUUUAUCACUUGCAGUUCUUUAGAUGAUAAAGAAAAAUUUAGUAUCUGUAGUAUAUUAGAGGUUAUAAAAAUAAUAAAAUAA